UCCUUCUGUCAGCUAUUGUUACUGUUUACCAGGCUUUUACCCUGUCCUUUUACCAUAUUGAUUUUAUUCCUCGCAUGUACAACUUCCCAGAAAAAACGAUCAAUAAUUUUCCUGUUGUGUAUGUAGUUUCGUGCCGUCCACAUGAAAUGACCAGAACAACAUUUCUUUGAAUUUGGCGAAGAAAUUAUUUACACCACAAUCAAACCCUUCAAGUUGAAAAAGCUUUCAGGUGAAGUAAAUUCUUCAGAAUGGAAACCACCAAUAAAGGGAUGAAGAUGGGUGCUAUUAAUAAAGUUGGAGUCCCCUUUUAUGAACCACCACCAAGAAAAACUAGCGCUGAAAUUAUAAAUGAAGCCAAAAUGGCAAUUAGAGGUGUUGAUGAUAAUUUUUCACAAACUUUAGUGAAGCCUUUACAAACACAACGACCAUUUACUCCAAGAGAAAAAGAAAGAUUGCUAUUUGGGAAGAAAAGUAAAUCAAAUAGACCACCAAGUUCCUUUAGUUUGAGAUAUCUUCAAUCAGAAAAUGAGUUUUCAAUCCCAACAACAACCCCAGAAGAUUCCGAUGAUCUCCCAAUAAAAAAAUUGGUCAACAACACCAACGAUAUAACAAAAGGGGCUUAUUCGAAAAAACGUGCAAAUUCAAUAUGUGAAAUGAGUGAAAAUAAAAUCUUUAAUGUCCCAGUUAAAGACGUUCCAAAAAUAAGAUUACCAUCUUUAGACGCAAAAAAUAAAAAGAAAACUUUUAAUGUUCCUGAAAUUGAAACUUUUCCAAAACGCAAUGCGUUUAGUUCACCACAAGAAAAAACCGAUUUCAAUCAACUCCGAAAUGAAUCACCAUUCGGUAGGCCAUCAAAAAAACAAACUCUCUCCGAAUGUUUAUUACUUGGACCUCAAAAUUUGAAUAAAAUCUUUGGAAACAAACAGAUCGUCUACGAUUCCGAAACGUUGUUCAUAGAAUCAGGUUAUUUUAAACAGGAUCAGGGUAAAAAUGUUGCUUCAACAAAUUAUUAUUCUUUCGAUAAAACCGUAGAAAAUAAGAAUAAGAUCAACACAGUGGAUGAUGUUUUAAAUUUAUUGAACGUGGAAACUUCAAAAAAUGAUAACGAAAUUUUAAUUAUUGAUUUACUUGAUGAAUUAUACAAAUGUAUGGAAAAUGAAAAUAUGAUUAAUGGGAAAGUUAAUUCAAAAACUAAAAUACAUAUCUUGAAGUGUCUUUAUAAAUUCGUUGAAUCUUAUAAUGAAGAAUUACUUCUUGCUUUAGCAAGAAUUAUUUUGGCAUUAAAAGUAACGGGUAAUAAUUUAAGUGGUGUUUGCAAAUUAAUUUUUAAAGUUGCAAAAAGUGAUAAAAACGACUCAUUAUUUUUCCAAAAGAACAUUUUAGAGCUUUUUGUUGAUUCAAUUGGAAGAUGUAGUCCAUUAGAAGACGCGGAAGCUUGCGUUUAUGGAUAUGGCGCGAUUAAAUUUCUUACAAUGAAUCCAAAUUUGUUACAAAGAACUAUCAAUUUUGGGAUAUUACCGUUAAUGGUUCUUCAUCUCCAAUUAAUUAAUAACUAUAAACAUGAAAAAUCUAUAAUUCCAGAACAAACUAAUCACGCUUUGUUCCAAUUAACGGGUGCGUUAAGGAAUUUAGCUGGGGAUGAAACAAUGUUCGACUUGUUCAUAGAAAGUCAAGCAAUUUCCCAACUUUGUUUAACAAUAAACCAAUUUUCGUUAGAUCUAGAUAUAGUUAGUAACAUUUCUCGUACUUUAAGUACUUUAUCAACAAAUGAUAAUUGCUCCGAUCAUAUUUCCGAAUAUCCAGAAAUUUACAAAGUUUUUAUUAGAUUAUUCCAAAAAUACUCUGGAAACGAAGAGAUAAUCGUAAGAUUAACUUACAUUAUGGGAAAUAUCGUGUCGAGAAUCGACGAAGCAAGAAUUAAAUUUUACAAAGAAGAAAACAGCAUAAACUCUUUAAUCAAUCUUUGGAAAGUUUAUUUAGAAAGAACAUUAAAACAUUGCUCUUUGAGACUAGAAAGCGAAGAGAAUGAUUGUGGCAACACCGAAGACGUUAUGAUCAAAAUAAUAAGAAUCAUUGCAAAUAUUGCUAUUAACUCGGACAUUGGAAUUAAAAUGAAUAAAGAAUACGGAACAGAAUUGAUUGACGAGUUCCUUAAAGUUCUAAUAAGUAAUCCAUUUAAAAAGAAUGAUGAACUUGUUUUAUCAGUUUUAAGUACGUUAAAUAAUCUUUCGUUUUAUUACUCAUCAGAAAUGGAUAAUGAUGUUUUUCAUAUUAAACAGGUCGAUAUUGUUGAAGCAAUUCUUGAAUAUAUCACAACACCAAAAAAAGAUAAUGUAAUUGAAGCAAUGAGAAUAUUAGGAAAUUUAUCUCGGUGUAAUAUAACAAGGAGUUAUAUAGCUCAAAAACAUGUUCUUGAAACUUUAUUAAACAUUCUUGAAGCAGAUGAUAUAACACUUUUACGUACAACCGUCGGUGUUUGUGUUAAUUUAAUGGCAGAUAACAGAAAUCGAAUUCAAUUAAAGAAUUCUAACGGUAUCUUUAAAUUAAUCGCGUUAUUGAAUACACAUGGACAGUAUGAUUGGUCGUUAGCGACAUUAACAUGCCAAGUUAUUUGGAAUUAUUGUAUAGAUGCAUCAAAUUUGUAUGAAUUGAUUACUGAUGCAGAAAUGGAACAAUUAACAACAAUUUUGGUUGAUUAUCUUGAUGAAGAAAAAUUGUUUGGUUCUGAUUCUGAAAAAGAUGGAUUUGUAUCUCAAGAUUAUUUAUUAUGGGAGGAUUUUGCAAAUGUUGCGACGAAUUUAAUGGAAAAAAUUGAACACUUUUUGGAUUCAAUAGAUCAUUUAGAGGAAAAUACGCGACCAACUAGGGAUUCCAGCACAAACAUUAGCUUUUCAGCGUGGUAAACACAUUAAUAAAUUUAAUAAUUAAGUA